CGUAUACAUCGAUACACUCCCUUCCUAUCUCUCCCCCGUUGCUCCUUUCUUUCUCAGUGAAUUUGAUAGGAUGAAAGCGACUGCCUACCCUAAGCUUACUUCAUCCUCCUCUUUUCUUUUUGAUCGACUUCCCGACGAACUGAUCAUCCAAAUCCUCUGUCAACCAGUGAUUGAUUUUCCAACCUUAAGGCGUAUGAGAUGCCUAUCAGAAAGAAUGUACCGCUUGUGCGAUCAUGCUCUCCAGCAUGCAUUACUACCCUCCACCGUUCUCUCCGUCACCAUUGAGCAAGAAGGAAAAAGCCGCAUUUCACCGCUGUUCAACUUUAUGCAGUUCUGCCAAGUGACAGGUCAUGCCCUCUUCAUGUCAUGCCAAACUUUACCGCGCAGAUAUUAUGCUGACAGAGCAAAUCCCGUCGUUAGAUCACUCACAAUCCACAACAACUAUCGACACCAACACUCUGUCCGUCGUUUAGCAACUAAAGACAAAAAAGAAAGUGAUCGCAACGCCAUGACAAAGAAGAACACGGCUGAUACCACUCUCUCUUUCUGUGAUGAUCCAACACAUCCGAUGAAAAAUAAUAUCCAUUCACUCGUUGCUAGGCAACCAAAAAAUUCGAUCCGCCCAUCUCCACCACGGAAUCAGAAAAAGACCAACGUAUCUCUUUGUGCCGACAACCGUUGCUCUUGUCCUACGAAACUUUAUGGAAGCUAUCCAUUGAAAACAGCACUAAAGAAAGGAUGUUACACGUUGCAGGUUGCACAAAACUGCAAUGCCCUGACAAGAUACCAGCAGCAGAAAUACCCAUCUUCCUGGACAUUAGCUUACCAAAUCACAGAUAUACUGAAACCUGUACAAUAUUACGUAAAGCUAUCCAGCCUCAGCAUCGAUGUAGAAUACUUGAUGUGUCUAGAAGGAGAGCGAGAAAAAGAAGGACAAGAUAACAUGCGACUUAAUGAGCAUCUGAAAAAGGUAGUGCAUUGGGUUCAGCACAAACUAAUUUGAUGCUUGAAUAAAGAAAACCAUUUUUUCCUUUUUUACGGGAGUAAUAUGCAAUUUCUGUACACUUCCCAAAAGACACAAAAAAAAAAAAUCAUAAA